AUGAGCGCCUUUGACCGGGUCAGGCGCCUCGUCGGCCUCGAGGGAGGCAUUCGUCGCCAGGAACCAAGUCCUGCGACCUCCAGCAGUAGCUCGGCCGUCGAGAGUAGCGGAGAUGAUCUCCAGUCUCGCGUCCAAGUCUUCGAGUCCCGCGGCCGCAGCCCCGGCGUGAUGACUAAUCCCACGCGGGCGGGCGCGCGGACGGACUCUCCAAGUCCCACCGGCGUCGAGACAGCCUGCGAGCAACGCCUAUCAGCAUCUCUGCCGACUGUCCCUCUCACCCUGACUUCCAACCUCGAUUGGUCUGGCCACGACAACGAUAGAGACGAAACCGAGACUUUCCUUGAUGAGGAGCAGUUUGUCGCCGACAACUCCCCAGUUCUGCCUUCACCACAGCACACCCUCAAUCAUUUCCUCACGGAGGGCUACGAGGUUGACCCUCCCUUGUUUGUUGACGCGGACGCCGCCAACAUCGAGGGCUCCGAUUCCGCCUCCUCUUCCAAGGCACCCUUUACACGUGGGCACCGCCGUCGUUCCACCCACGUCACUCGUCGUGACCUUGAGAAGUUUCAACAGGAGGUUCUAGGCGUAGAAAACACCGCGACCUGGUACGACGAGGAAAACGGCUCCUCGCGUCCCAUCGAUCCGUUCGACCCCCAGCUGGAGGCGCUAAAUCGUGCCUUCGAAGCUGCCGAUAUGUCCAUGAGCAGCGGUGCCGGUGGACUGCCUGCAGGCAAUGUUCCCAAUUCGGGCUUGUAUGCCAACUAUACGGAGAAUUCGCCCACGCCCGGCAUGGGCAGCAUGUCUCGACAGCCCUCGUCCCCUGCCCAUCCGCAUCCCGGGCCUCAGGUCAAUGGCGGUGGACCUGGCGCUGGGGGAAUGCCAAUGAAUGCUGGUCACCAAAUGGACCUUCACCAUCUUUACGAGAUGGUCCUAGAACUCAGCGAGGUGCUCAAAAAUAACCGAGAAGUCACAAAGAGCAUCGUGUCAAGUGCAGAGGAGAUCAUGAAGCACGGUACCUCGGAGGAUGCCAGCACCGCCCUGAGACAGGUGAAUGGCGAAAUAACCGCUGCGCGCAUAUCGGAGCUCGAACGCGCCUUGGCCAAGGAGAAACGUCUGAACGAAGUUCUGAAGCACGAGCAAGCCGAGAACGUUAAAUUGAUCGGCGAUUACGAGACUAGUGUCGGCCUCAUGGUGGAGCAGAUCCGCAAUUACUGCCAGAACAACAAUAUGCAUUACCUCUACCAAAAACGACACUACAACAACCUUCUUCAGGCCGAACGCGAUGCACAUCUCGACAGCCGCCUCGACCGAGACUACUGGCACACGCAGACAAUGAGAUGCGCACAGAUGAUUCGUACCGCAUCUCGUCUACGAUCCGAGGAGGAAGAACUCCCCAUUCGCAUCGUUGCCGGUCUCCAAAACGAAGUUCGCGCUUACCGGAAUGCCCUGGGCAUGGAGCCAGAGAAGCCAGAACAAGAAUACGGCUGGGAGAUCCUCAAGGACGUUCCUGGUUUGGAAUGA